AUGAAAUAUUUAAUUCCGUUUUUGCUACUACUAGCAGUCUACGCUGUGUUCGCAGUAAAGAAGAAUCCUACAUGCUAUACUAGCCCUGAUCGUUGUGUCCCAACGACUGCAGCUGUCACAGGAGUCCGUUGGAAGGAUUGCAGUGACUACUGCGUGAAGUGCAAAGGUCGAGAACACGGUAAAUGUCACAAAGUACACAAGCCAGACUGUAAUGGAGGAUAUCAUUGCAUGUGUCUAGGCAAACACGUGACUAAGUCGGAUGUGCUCAAGGAUGCUGCAACAUGUCGCCUUGGUUUGUAG